UAGGACGGGUUGUGUUAACAAUUUCAUUUGCUUGUCUGUACUUGGGGAUCAGACGAGUGAACGUGCAGCUUGUUUUCCGUGACAAAGCAAGACUCUACAAAGCAGAAGACACAUUUCCUGAUCCAGCCUGGAGUGCUAAUGCUGAGGAUCAACCAAAGGUGCUCAAGUGUUCCUUCAUUACAUUCACACAACACCAGACUGUCUCCACUAAUCUGAAAACAGAUAAACAUGGAAGGCUGCAAUAUCACACAACCAGAGUACCAGUACCACCUAUUCCCAGCGGUCUACAGCCUUGCUUUGGUUCUGGGGCUACCAGGGAAUCUGGCUGCCCUCUUCGUCUUCAUCUUCAAGAUCACUCCCCGCACUGCCUUCAGCGUGUACAUCAUCAACCUGGCUCUGGCAGACACAGCCAUCCUCUGCACCCUGCCCUUUCGCAUCCACUACCAUGUUAACAGGAACAACUGGGUGUUUGGAGACAUGGCCUGCCGCAUCACAGGGACUCUGUUCUACACCAACAUUUAUUUGAGUGUCUGUUUCAUGACUUGUAUCUGUGUGGAUCGCUACAUAGCCACUGUGCAUCCACACACCUAUCUGAAGCUGAAUACCUGUUGGUGCUCUACUGUUACAUGUGCGGUUCUCUGGGCUGUCUCUGGUGCAGCCGUGUUGGGCUUUAUCUUCAUGGGACCCCUGCAAACCAAUCCGGUCAACGGGUCUCUUAGCUAUAGAUGCUUUGAAAACUUUGCUCAGCGGGAGUGGCACAGGCGUGUGGUGCCGUACAGCCUGCUUGGGCUCAUUUUUGGCUUUCUGCUGCCUUCCGCGAUCACCCUGGUGUGUUACCCGCUAGCUGCCCGCCGCAUUUCCAUGAUCAAGACCAACGUGGCCCGCAGAGCGGUGAGGAUCAUUUACGUCAUACUGGCCAUAACUGUCCUGUGCUUCCUGCCAUACCACGUGGCGUACCUGCUGCACGUGCUCCGACACCUGGGAGUCAUCCGGUCGUGCCCUUGCGCCAAUGCCAUCUACCAUGCCAGGCGGGUCACCAUGGCCCUGGUCACUCUCAACACAUGCCUGGACCCCCUGCUUUACUACGUCACUACAAGUCACUGCAAAUGGAAGCAUUUCAAAGUCAGGUGGCGGUGGAGAGGGAUUAGGAGGACCAGAGGGGUUUAUACGAUUGCAGUGAACUAGGUGAAUCACGAGGACAGCAGGAGAGGACGUGAUGUCAUAUGUGUAUUAUUGUUUUUACAUUUAUCUGUUUGGAUUUAUCU